AUGCUGGGAUCUAUCCUGCUGGGGGGGGCCCCGAGGGGCCCCUGGGGCCCCCCUCGGCACUCUGUUUUACGUUUGGCUCCCUGGGGGCCCCUGACCCUGAAGUAUGAGAGGGCCCCCCUUGGCUUUGGGUCCUUCUUUGCAUCAGGGGGCCCCUCGGGGGGCCCCCUGGUCUCCGCUGUGGGGAGAAGGGAGGGCCAGGCGAGGCAGGCGACCACGGAGGCAGCAGCAGCAGCAGCAGCAGCCCCAAAGUUUGCAUGCAGUGCGGCUGCGCAAUAUGGGGACGGCUCAAAAGAAGCAAAAAGAACCUCUGGAAAUACGGAAGAGGCACUGAGGCCUUUAGACCUCGACGCGCUUAGAAGCGACGUCGAGGAGUACCUUAUCUCAAACAGCAGCAGCAGCAGCAGCAGCAGCAGCGGAAAGAUGCUGGCAGCUGAACGCCUGCUCGAACAUUUGCUUUUGUUGAGCCCUGCACGGCUGCAGCAGCUGCCUGCUGCUGACCUGCUGCUGCUGCUGCGCGUGUACAGUCGGCUGCUCACAGCCUCUGCACCAGUGGAAGAACCUCCAGCAGCAGCAGCAGCAGCAGCAGCAGCAGUAGCCCACGCUGCAGGCAGCAGCAGCUCCAUAGCUUGGCAGCAGCGAGCUGCAGCCCAUAUAACUGCCCUCCGUCUCUUUCUUAAGAAUGGGUCCCUCGCCAUAGUUGAGCGCCCCCUUGAUUUCCUGCUGCCUCAACAGCUAAUCCCUGUUUUGGCCGUCGCUGCCUCCAUCCCCCCCGCCUGCGCCCCUUUAGAGUUUUGGCGCUGUCUGCUGCGGCGCUGCGUUGAGGCUGCCCGUUUGCUGCCUUCUGCUGCUGCAGCAAGGCUGCUGCUGGGCCUGGCCUACCUCCCGCGGCUGCCAGACGAGGCGGGCCUUAGCCGCGCUGCUUCUGCAGUCUGCAGCCGCGUGGCGGAGGGGGCGGAGUGUCUGGCCCGCCGCGAGGCUUUGCUGGAUGCGCUGGAGGCGCUGCGGCUGCUGCAGCAGCAGCACCUUCCCUUACUGACGGAAAUAG